GCGUCUCCGGAGCCCGGCAUGGCCUCCUCACGAGCCUCCUCCACGGCAACCAAAACCAAAGCACCUGAUGAUUUAGUCGCUCCUGUUGUGAAGAAACCGCACAUCUAUUAUGGAAGCUUGGAAGAGAAAGAGAGAGAACGUCUGGCCAAAGGAGAGUCUGGGAUUUUGGGAAAAGAAGGGCUCAAAGCAGGCAUUGAAGCAGGAAAUAUUAAUAUAACCUCUGGAGAAGUAUUUGAAAUCGAGGAGCACAUCAGUGAGCGACAGGCAGAAGUCUUGGCAGAAUUUGAAAGAAGAAAGCGAGCUCGGCAAAUCAAUGUUUCCACGGAUGACUCAGAGGUCAAGGCUUGCCUCAGAGCCUUAGGAGAACCUAUCACACUUUUUGGAGAGGGCCCUGCUGAGCGAAGAGAAAGGUUAAGAAAUAUCCUCUCAGUGGUCGGGACUGAUGCCUUAAAAAAGACAAAAAAGGAUGAUGAGAAAUCUAAGAAGUCAAAAGAAGAGUAUCAGCAAACUUGGUACCAUGAAGGGCCAAAUAGCCUGAAGGUGGCCAGGCUGUGGAUUGCUAAUUAUUCACUCCCCAGGGCAAUGAAACGCCUGGAGGAGGCCCGGCUCCAUAAGGAGAUUCCUGAGACAACCAGAACCUCCCAGGUGCAGGAGCUGCACAAGUCUCUCCGGUCUUUGAAUAAUUUCUGCAGUCAGAUUGGAGAUGAUCGGCCAAUCUCCUACUGUCACUUUAGUCCCAAUUCUAAAAUGCUAGCCACAGCUUGUUGGAGUGGGCUCUGCAAGCUCUGGUCUGUCCCUGACUGCAGCCUCCUUCAUACACUUAGAGGCCAUAACACAAAUGUAGGAGCAAUUGUAUUUCAUCCCAAAUCCACUGUCUCACUGGACCAAAAAGAUGUCAACUUGGCCUCUUGCGCUGCUGAUGGCUCUGUGAAGCUCUGGAGUCUUGACAGCGAUGAACCAGUGGCAGAUAUUGAAGGCCAUACGGUGCGUGUGGCUCGGGUAAUGUGGCAUCCGUCAGGGCGUUUCCUGGGCACAACCUGUUAUGACCGUUCAUGGCGCUUGUGGGAUUUAGAGGCUCAAGAGGAGAUCCUGCAUCAGGAAGGCCACAGCAUGGGUGUGUAUGACAUUGCCUUCCAUCAAGAUGGCUCUUUGGCUGGCACUGGGGGACUGGAUGCAUUUGGCCGAGUUUGGGACCUACGCACAGGACGUUGCAUUAUGUUCCUAGAAGGCCACCUGAAGGAAAUCUAUGGGAUAAAUUUCUCCCCCAAUGGCUACCACAUUGCAACUGGCAGUGGUGACAAUACCUGCAAAGUAUGGGACCUUCGACAACGACGCUGUGUCUACACCAUCCCCGCCCAUCAGAACUUAGUGACUGGUGUCAAGUUUGAACCUAUCCAUGGAGACUUCCUGCUUACAGGUGCCUAUGACAACACAGCCAAGAUCUGGACCCACCCAGGCUGGUCCCCACUGAAGACUUUGGCUGGUCAUGAGGGCAAAGUGAUGGGCCUAGACAUUUCUUCUGAUGGGCAGCUCAUAGCCACUUGCUCAUAUGACAGGACCUUCAAGCUCUGGAUGGCAGAGUAGGCAAGACGAUGGGAAGAAGGACUCAGACCUUGUGUUCUCACCACGGAGCCAUUUUCCUCAAAGG